AUUCGCAGAAAGAGAGUUGUGUGUUGCCAAUUCCGCGUUGUUUCAGGAAUACUUCUAACUGUUCCGCGAAACUAAACUGUUGUUUUUAAAAGUCCGCAAAUUAAAGCGAUCUCCCCGAAAACUAUAUCUACUGAGGUUAUAAACAGCGGUAAGCCAAAACAAAACGAAACCACUGCUUAUAGGCUAAUAUUGGCGAUUAGCGAUUGGCUUGUUUUGUUUCGCACAUCUGGCAACCCACCAGCUAAAGCUAAGGGUUGUUUUUAACGUUCGUGAAAGAAGGAAUGGCGUAGAAUAUUUUUUUGUCUGAUGUGAGAGAAAAUGUCGAUUUACAGAGUUUAUAAACAUUAACCAGCUCGAGAACUGAAAUCCGAAUGUAAUGAAACGCAGUAUGUGACCCGGUUUAUGGAUUAUUACAGUGUAAUAUGUUAGUAAUAUGUUUUUCACAGGCUCUUAGUAAGCGUGCACUUCUGUAUCAUUGUGAAGUAUCUUCAUCCACCAAUGAAGGUUUGCAAUAUUCCCAUCAUCCUAUCAGAAGAGGAACUCUACCUCUGUAACAUACUAUAGUGAAGAAUGAGUUAAUUAAAGAGGAGAUUGAUGACAUGAGUGAUCCAGAAACAUCCAGAAUGUUUUAUGAAGAUACUGAGGAACAAACAGAACAGAUGGAGGUGAAAGAGCAAAAACAAGAACUAAAUAAAGAAGAGGAGCAUCGUAACUUCAAAACUCAAAGAAGAAAAUUAAAAAAGCAGCACACCUGCUCACAGUGCGGAAAGACUUUCACACUUAAAUCAGGUCUCAGUAAUCAUAUGUGGCACCACUCUGGAGAAAAGCUAUUUAACUGUGAUACGUGUGGUAAAAAAUAUGCCUCGAUAUCAAACCUAAAAGUUCACUUGAAACUUCAUUCAGAUGAGAAACCUUAUGUGUGUUCUGUCUGUGGAAAGGCUUUCUUUCAGCUUAACUGUUGUAAUCGGCAUCAGAAAACACACGAUGAAGUGAGAGAUCACAUGUGUUGUGAGUGUGGGAAGAGCUUUACUACAGUUGGACAGCUGAAGCAGCAUCGGCGAAUUCACACUGGAGAAAAACCUUACAAGUGCUCAUAUUGUGACAAGAGCUUCUCUCAACCUGGAAAUCUGAAAUCACACGAGCGAGUUCAUACCGGAGAGAAGCCGUAUCGAUGCACUCAGUGUGGAGAGAGUUUCAAAUAUUCAACAGUUCUCAAUGAACAUCUUCACAUUCACUCUGGAGAAAAGGCAUUUAACUGUGAUCAGUGUGGUAAAGAGUUUUAUUCACCAUCACAACUGAAAAGACACCAGAGAAUCCAUACGAACGGGAAGCCUUAUGUGUGUUCUUAUUGUGGGAAGAGUUUUUCAGUGUUGCUCAGUUUAAAUGAUCACCAGAAAUUACACACCGGUGAGAAAGAUCAUGUGUGUAGUGAGUGUGGAAAGAGAUUUACUACAUCUAGCCAACUAAAAUGCCACCAAAGAGUUCACACUGGAGAAAAACCGUACAAGUGUUCAUACUGUGAGAAGAGUUUCUCUCAGUUGCCACAUCAGAAAACACAUGAACGGAUUCACACCGGAGAGAAGCCGUACAUUUGUACUCAGUGUGGAGACAGGUUUAAACAUUCAAACUCUUUAGUGCUUCAUAUGAAAAAGCAUUUUCCAUCGAGUCCCAUCCAUUCCUCCAGUUAGUUAGUUUUCAGGUGCAUUUAGAUCGUACAUUUAGAUCGCCAUCAAUAAUUGCAGAGUUUAUGUUGAAUGGUAGAAUGGUGCAAAACAACAAAGAAAAUCUAAACAUUGUAACUGACAAAGAAACAAGUGGCACUGAAGAUUAAAACUAUAUUAAUUGAAAGUCGUGACAUUUGCCAAGUAGUUAACCCAUGCUCGGAAUUGGUGCUCUGUAUUUAACCCAUCCAAGUGCACACACACAGCAGUGAGAAGUAAACACACCGUGUACACACACCCGGAGCAGUGGAGCAACUGGGGUGAAUUGCCUUGCUCAAGGGCACUUCAGCCACGGGUAUUGAAGGUGGAAGAGAGCGCUGUUCAUUCACUCCCUCCCACCAGCACCGAGACUCAAACCGGCGAUGUUCUGGUAACUAAUCUGUCUCUCUAACCAUUAAGCCACAGCUGCCCCCUUUACUUAUGGAGGAUAAGUAAAAUGAGUAAUUGGCCAACAUAUAAGCCUUUUUUUCCUAUAUAAGCAUAAUUAAAUGUUAAAUAAUGCUAGAUUCAGCUUAAGUAAAUUUGUUAGCUUCAAUAAACAAGUUUUUUUUAAAAUCUGAACUGCUGAAACUGUAUAACGAACACUCCAUGUGUUCUUGUGAAUCUCUUGUAUUUCUCAAUUGUAAGUGCCUUCGGAUAAAAGUGUCUGCUAAAUAAAUAAAUGUAAAUUUAAAGUACCACAAGAA